AUGAAUUAUUAAUAAGCAAUUCAAUCCUGCAGCCCUACUAAAUAAAAGUAAGAAUUUAUCUUAUAGAAGAUAAGAGGAGAUUAGCUCUCCAAUUACUAUUUCUCUUCAAUCUGAAUUCGAGCAGUUAACAUUAGAUACUUCUCCCAAAUUAGAUCCACUAACUAAUUAACAUAGUGGGAUUCUUGACUUCAUAGAUGAAAUAGAUUAGGAUGAGAAGUUUAAAAAACAUCAGAGGUUAAGUUUGUAGAAAGACCUGAUCCGUAGAAACAAUAAAAACAAAACUAACGAAGGUCAAUCGUCUCCUCAUUCUAAUCAGUCUUUGAAUGAUCAAAAGUUUAAAUAUAUCAAAGAACUUUGGUUAUAAGAAUCACCAAUAUAAGAAAUGAAUAAAUAAGUUCUAUCUUAGAGAGUGAUUUCAAUCAAUGAAGAACAAUAUUUCAAAGAUCUUUAGAGUGAUAAUGUUAUAGGGAUGGGGGUUUAUCACUCAAAUGAAGCUAGUCCUUAAAUGUACUUCGAACCUGACAUUGAGGCCGACAUCUACAUCUCAAGUUUGAUAGUAAUAACUAAAUUAAAUUCUCAAAUAGGAUUCAUUAUGGGGAAAUCAAAUUAUUUCUCGAAAAUUGUAGAAACUAAUAGAAUCUGGAACACCAGAAUAAUAAUUAUUGAUUGUCCAAAAAUUGGAAAGAAUAAGUCCAUAAAUUGAGAAGGAUGUCUUUGGAAAUUAUGUAGUUUAAAAGAUCUUUGAUAGUUGUGGAGAUAUAAAACUCAAGACUAGAAUGUUUAAUAAAUUAAAGACACAUUUUUAUGAUUUAUCAAAGAAUCCCUUUGGUUGUAGAGUUAUGCAAAAAUUAAUUGAGUAUUCGUAAGGCAAAGAGGAUAUCUAGAAUUCUAUACUUUCUUAAUUGGUUUAGAAUAUGAGAUCUUUGAUUUACGAUUCCAAUGGCAAUUAUGUCAUAUUCAAGAUGCUUGAAUCCUAUGAUAAAUCUAAAAUGGAAUUUCUUAUUCCAAUAGUUGAAGAAUCUGUAUAUAUCAUAAAUCUAUAUCUAGUUUCAUUAUAUGGCUCAAUAAAUAUAUGGUUGCAAAAUCAUUCAUAAGAUCAUAUAAUAAUAUGCUCCUAAUUACAUAGCUAAUCUAGUUAAACAAUCUAUUGCUAAUUAUUCUGUUUUGAGUUAAACAGAAUUUGGAAACUAUAUUCUUCAACAUAUAUUAUAGUUUUGGAUUGUAUCUCCAGAGAAAACUCGAUUAAUUUAACUUGUAAUAUAAUAAUUUUAUCAAUUAAGUAUCAAUAAGUAUGCAAGGUAACAAAUAUAAAUUUAUUUUAGUAAUACUGUUGAAAGGGCUUUGGAAACUUUAAGUAAACCUGAAUUGAUAACUGUCUUAAAUUGGUUGCUAUUUAGAAACUAAGCCUAACAAUAGUUCACGUAUGUAGCUUCAAACUUUGUACAAUUGGCAAAUCACUAAUUUGCAAAUUAUGUGAUCAAGAAAUUUUUGAUCUUGAUCGAUUAAUAAAUGUAGCAAUCUAUUUUAAAUUUCUUAAUUAAAAAUUAAUAAGAGUAUUAAGCUCUGAAAUCCACUUUACAUGGUAACAUUUAUGUAAUUUAUUUAGGUUAACGAAUAUGUAGUCUUUUAGAGAAAUAAGUGAAAUGUUGA